CCCGCCCGCGCCUGCCACUCACACGCCAGGACCCGCCCACAACACCCCCCGCUGCACCUGGCCCCGCCCACCGGCGGAGCACUCACUUGGAAGAUUCGAGGGGCGGGACCUACAGGUCUUUCCCCACCUCCAAAAUUGCCUCCUGUAACACAAACUGGAAAAUCUUCACCUCUGAACGUGCACCCUUCCAAGCAGGAGCUGCUUGAAGGAGAAUAAAAUGGGGAGAUGUAGGUAGAAUGAUCAGCACAAACAUCCAAUCUAUGUGAGACGAGACCCCAGCAUCCCUGCCUAUGGACUCCGACAGUCUAUCUUACUGAACACCAGGCUCCAUGACUGCUAUGUGGACUCGCCAGCUCUCACCAACAAUUGGAUAACCAGAACUUGUGCUGAGCCAAACACCAGUGCCCCCACACCAGGUCCCACCUCUUCUUGGGAAGUUGUAAAGGAACCAGUAGUUGCCAGUUCCUUCUCCCUGGUGAAACUGGUGCUCAGGCGACAGCUGAAGGAGAAAUGCUGCCCAGUGCCACGCAAGUUUGGAGACGCAAAACCCUCCAAGAGAUUAAAGCCCAGGGACGAUGCAAUAAUGAAAACCACCCAGCGGGGCGGAACAAGAAACUCCAUCAGUUCCAAGAGCAAGCAGCCAGCGGGGCGGCGGCCAGGCUCGCCCAGGUGCAGGAGGCUUGCAGGAGGCGUCAACGAGAGUAAAGAGAGUUCAAAGGAGAAAAAAGCGACGGUCUGCCAAGAUCUUGAGAGCAGAUAUGCUGAACAUGUGGCCGCUACCCAAGCGCUACCCUGGGACGUGGGGACAGCGUCCUGGAAGGGCCGAGCCUCGCUUCCCGAAACCAGGAAGAGGCAGCAGUUGUCCGAGGACGCGUUAGUCAUCCACGGCCUCCCCACCGAGGGCUACCGCGCUCUGUACCACGCUGUGGUGGAGCCCAUGCUGUGGAAUCCUUCUGGGACCCCCAAGAGGUACAGCCUGGAGCUGGGCAAGGCCAUCAAACAAAAGCUCUGGGAGGCUCUGUGCAGACAGGCUGCCGCCCCCAAAGAUGCUCAGAAGGACCUGCUGCCGGGCAGGAAGCGGCUGGAAGUCCACAAGGAGCCUGUUGAGGAGCCUGUGCCCAAGAAAUAGCUCAAGAGCAAGAAAUAGGAACCGGAGCUCACAGGAUUAGGAUGUUCUCUGCUGGAUGUCUGAAAAAUAAACACUGCUUUGCACCU